AUUGCCUUUGCUCUUUGCCGUUAAUGUCUCUUGCUCCUCAAAUGGAGGCAGCAACGAAGGAGGUGGAAGAUAAAAAUACCGAUGAGAAGGCUAUGGCCGUGAAUGACAAAGCUCCAGUGAGGCCCCGUGGAAGGCCCUUUUUUCAAAGAAGAUGGACAACUUUGGACAAACGUUCUGCUGGUCUUCUUUUGGUCUUGCAUUUGCUUUGUCUCUUGGCGCCAUUUCACUUCACUUGGUCAGCCUUCUGCCUCGCCUUUCUACUCUACAAUUUCACGGGCCUCUUCGGUUUGACGCUUUCGUACCACCGACAUCUCUCGCACAAGAGUUUCAAGCUUCCCAAGUGGCUUGAAUACACGUUCGCUUAUAUUGGAGUCCUUACUCUUCAGGGCGAUCCAAUUGAUUGGGUGAGUACACACAGAUAUCAUCAUCAAUUUGUCGAUACAGACAGAGAUCCACACAGUCCAAAACAAGGAUUUUGGUUUGGUCAUAUUGCAUGGAUAUUUGAUUCGUAUGGUUUGACUAAGAAAGUUUGUCCGAAACACGUUGAAGAUUUUGAGGAAAGGAAUCGAAAACGAAAGCGUUUUAGAAAUAUUUUUGUGGGAUGUUUGAAAUAUGGAAGACCAAACAACGUGGAAGAUUUACAAAAGCAGGCCUUUUAUAGGUUUCUUCGUACAACAAACAUUCUUCAUCAUUUUGGUCUUGCAAUUGUCCUCAAUGCCGUCGGAGGGCUUCCCUUCCUCGUAUGGGGAAUGGGAGUGAGGCUUGUUUGGGUGCUGCACAUUACUUUCUUCGUAAAUUCUGCCUGCCACAUAUGGGGCUACCGACUGUGGGACACAAAUGAUUUGUCGAAGAACAAUUGGGUGAUAGGGUUGCUUGCCUUUGGGGAGGGUUGGCACAACAACCACCAUGCUUUUGAAUAUUCAUCUCGACAUGGGCAUGAAUGGUGGGAGUUUGACUUGACAUGGUGCGUUAUUUUGUUCCUUCAAGCCCUUGGAUUGGCAACUGAUGUGAAGUUACCCUCUCCACGCCAUCAGCAAAAGUUAGCUCUAAACCCUAAAAGAAGUUGAUGAUUUCUAGACACUUGUUUCAUGCAUUCUAAUAUGUUCGGUAUUAUU